AUGGGACAGACUCAAACAACUCCUUUAAGCAUUAUGAUUGACCAUUUCAAAGAAGUUAAGGGAAGGGCUAACAACCUUAGUGUAGAGGUGCGGAAGAGCCGUUGGCAAACUUUCUGUUCCAGCGAGUGGCCGGCUUUCAAUGUCAGGUGGCUGCCAGAGGGGACUCUCGAUCUCCCCACCAUCCGCCGGGUCAGAGAAGUUGUCUCCGGGCUGAAGGGGGACCACCCGGAUCAACUCUCUUACAUUAUUACUUGGCAGGACCUCAUGGAGGACCCGCCCUCUUGGCUUAAACCCUUCCUCCCCCCGCGCCCUCCGGAGCCGAAGCCCGUUCUUGCCUUGCAGGAAGCGGAGAAGAAGAAAGAGGAGAAGAAGGUCACCUUGCUGUCAGCUCCAGCUCCCCUCUACCCGGUCUUGCAAGGGGGAACCGGAGAGGAACUAAUUUUUCCUCCCCCGUAUCAGCUCCCUAGGAUGCCAGAGAGAUUUGAUCUUCCCCCAUCACGGGAAGCUGACGCAGUUCCAGGAGCAGCUGGGGGCGGAGUUCCGGGAGCAGCCGUGGUUCUGGUGGGAAGCCCGCCUCUCACUAGACAAAGGGCUCAGAGGGAGCUGUCUGUCACAGCCCCCGACUCCACCAUCAAGACCCUGCCCUUACAAGCAGCGGGGCCCCCGGAUGCGGAUGGCAAUCAGCCCCAUCACAAUUGGCCCUUCACCACUAGUGACCUUUACAACUGGAAGGCACAGAACCCUAAGUUCUCCGAGAAGCCCGCAGGGCUUAUUGGCCUGUUAGACUCUGUCCUUUUCACCCACAAGCUCAUGUGGAACGACUGCCAACAGCUUUUGCAGGUCCUGUUCACAACAGAAGAGAGAGAGAGAAUCCUCAAUGAGGCCCGGAAAGUGGUUCCAGGCGUGGACGGGAACCCAACCACUAACCAGGCCCAGAUAGAUGUCUCUUUUCCCUUAAUGAGGCCUGAAUGGGAUUUCAACACGGCAGAAGGUAAGGAGAGGUUCCGGGUCUACUGCCAGACUCUAAUGGGGGGUCUCCGCAUGGCUGCUAGGAAACCGACUAAUCUGGCCAAGGUAGGGAAUGUACAGCAGGAAAGAGAUGAGUCUCCAGCAGCCUUUUUAGAAUGGAUCAUGGAGGCAUACCGCACCUAUACCCCCAUGGAUCCAGAGGCUCCUGAGAGUAAAGCAGCUGUAAUCAUGUGUUUUGUAAACCAAUCGGCUGCGGACAUUAGAAAGAAACUGCAGAGAGUAGAUAGAUUAGGAGAAAAGAGUCUGCAGGACUUUCUGGAGGUAGCUGAGAAAGUGUAUAACAACCGGGAGCCUCCUGAAGAUGAGCAGGCCCGCGCCAUGGUGGUUGCCAGUGACAAACAGACCCAAAACCUGGCCAAGAUUCUGCUAGCCACCACCGAGGACUCCCCUGAGGAAUGGACCCACCGCCUUCGCCGACUUGCAGAUAACCAAGAAGGAGGUAAGGGGGCCGCCCGGGGCCGGAAAAAGAGGCUUCAGAAAAACCAGUGUGCUUACUGCAGAGAGAUAGGACACUGGGUCCGAGAAUGCCCAAAGAAGGCCGGCAGAAAGGGGAGCAAGACAGACCGGGUGGAAGUCUUAGAGCUGGAAGUGCUGAGCGAUUAGGGGAGUCGGGGUUCGGACCCCCUCCCCGAGCCCAGGGUAACUCUUAGAGUGGAGGGGACCCCUGUUAACUUCCUCGUCGACACUGGAGUGCAACACUCAGUCCUCCUCACCCCUCAGGGGAAACUAGCCAACAAAAAGUCCUGGGUACAGGGGGCAACUGGCAUGAAUCAGUAUUCAUGGACUACCCAAAGAACAGUAGAUUUAGGAAUGGGCCGGGUAUCCCACUCUUUUAUGGUAAUACCGGAAUGCCCCUACCCACUAUUGAGGUGGGACCUACUGACCAAAAUUGGAGCUCAAAUAACCUUCAGACAAGGGGGGCUUCAGGUCACCGAUGGGAAGGGCCGCCCCAUCCAGGUCUUGACCAUGAGGCUGGAGGAUGAGUAUCGCCUCCACCAGAAGGCUUCCCCAGUGGAGGGCAGUAUAGACAAAUGGCUACAAGAAUUCCCAACAGCUUGGGCAGAGAUGGGAGGGGUAGGGCUGGACGCUCACAGGGCUCCAACGCUGGUAGAACUAAAACCAGGAGAAGGCCCAGUAAGAGUCAAGCAGUACCCGAUGACUCAGGAGGCUCGGAGGGGAAUCCAGCCUCACAUCCGGAGACUGCGAAGUCUAGGGGUACUAGUUCCCUGCCAGUCUGCCUGGAACACCCCCCUCCUGCCAGUCAGAAAGCCUCACACGAAUGACUACCGACCAGAACAGGACCUCCGGGAAGUAAACAAAAGAGUCAUGGCUAUACACCCAACUGUACCUAACCCAUAUACUCUCUUAAGCUCUCUGGCACCCUCCAGAGUCUGGUAUACCGUAUUGGACUUAAAAGAUGCCUUCUUCGGUCUGCCGUUGGCGCCUCAAAGCCAACGCUUGUUUGCCUUCGAAUGUCACAACCCGGAGGAGGGCUACGGUGGACAACUAACCUGGACAUAA